UCUGUACUUUUUUCUUUCUUUACACUCCGUCGCCUCUCUUUCCGAUCCUUCCAAGUUUUUCUGCGCUCUUUUAACGGCCAUGGAGGAUCAAAACUGCAGCGUCAUAUAUGAAGAGGAAUUCGUGUUGAACUCGCGAGGAAUGAAGCUUUUUACGUGCAGAUGGCUGCCGGUGCAGUCGCAACCGAAAGCUUUGAUAUUCCUCUGCCAUGGUUACGCCAUGGAAUGCGCUGUUUCUAUGAAAGGUGCUGCUAUGAGGCUUGUGAAAGCAGGGUAUGCAGUUUAUGGUAUGGACUAUGAAGGGCAUGGAAGGUCAGCUGGUCUGCUGGGUUAUGUUCCCAGCUUUGAUGAUGUUGUGUCUGAUUGCUGUGAUCAUUACUCCAAAAUUUGUGAGAUGCCAGAAAAUAAGAAGAAGAUGAGGAUCUUGCUGGGAGAAUCCAUGGGAGGAGCUAUGGCUCUUCUUCUUCACAGAAGGAAGCCUGAUUUCUGGGAUGGUGCUGUACUAGUUGCUCCAAUGUGUAAGAUUGCGGAUGAUAUGAGGCCAAAUCGAAUUGUGAUUAGUGUGUUAACCCAACUCUGCAAAGUCAUUCCCACUUGGAAAAUCAUUCCAACUCAAGAUAUUGUUGAUGUCGCUUUUAGAGAUCCUGAAAUUAGAAAAGAGAUCAGGGCGAACCCAUACUGCUACAAGGGCCGUCCCCGCUUGCAAACCGGGAAUCAACUCCUGACUGUUAGCUUGGACUUGGAGCAAAAGCUCAAUGAGGUGACGUUUCCGUUCCUAGUAGCACACGGAGAAGCAGACGUAGUAACGGAUCCCGCGGUGAGCAAACUCCUGCACCAAACAGCUUCAAGCAAAGACAAGACCCUCAAGAUGUAUCCAGGAAUGUGGCAUUCCCUCACCUACGGCGAGUUGCCUGAGAAUCUUGACGUCGUGUUUUCCGACAUCGUCAGUUGGCUUGAUGAAAAGGUUGCCAUGGGCGGUUCCAGGCUGGAGAGACAGCAAAAACAGGCUAAUGAUAAUCUGUUCAAAUACGCAGCUGGCCUGGAAGCAAAAAAUAUAGUUUUAUAAUUAAUUUUUAUAUUUUGUCACUCACAAGUUAAUUAAUGUUUAAAUGAAGAAAAAUAGCUAGUAUAAAUACCUGUCCAUUUAUUCAUCAUAUAUUCAUAUGGCAACUUGAAAACAGUGUAUUUAC